UGAGUCUGUGGGUUAAAUGAAAUGUCAAAAUUUUUGACAAAUGUCGUGAUUUUAAAAUUUACAGAAUGUUAUUAUUGUAAAGUGUUAUAGGUUUUUUGGAGUAUUGAGAUAUUUCAAGCACAGAAGUUGUGAAACAGAAAACGAAGUACCGGAUUUUAUUUGUUGAACGGUAAUUUAGGGUUAUGUCACAGAAGAGUGAAUUUUAUCAUGUUAUGUCAUAACCCAACUUCCAUAAGUAUGGUUUGCGAGAAUGAAGCAGUAGCUGUUUUAUAUGGGUCUCAAACUGACUACAGUGCAGGCUCUAGAUGAAUACAAUGUACUGGAAUUGAUAAACGAGAAGUGUGUCAUAUUUGUAUGUUCCACAACAGGGCAAGGUGAAGAGCCAGAUAAUAUGAAAUCAUUUUGGAAGUUUCUCUUACGAAAAAAUUUACCACCCAAUAUCUUAGAUAACGUGAAGUUUGCAGUGUUUGGACUUGGAGACUCCAGCUAUGCAAAAUUCAAUUUUGUAGCUAAACGACUUUAUAAAAGAUUAUUGCAAUUAGGAGCCAAACCAAUUUUGCCUCUGGGUUUGGGGGAUGAUCAGCAUGACUUGGGGUACGAUGGGGCUGCUGAUCCCUGGAUGGAGAAUCUAUGGGAAAACCUGUUACUUUCAUAUCCACUGCCACCCAGGAUUGAACCGCUGCCAAGAAAUUCUACAAUAAUGCCCAGAUGGGACGUCAUCACCUCUUUUGGCAGUAAUCGUAGACCCAAUCAGCAGUCAAUAUAUUAUUCCACAAGAAAAUCUACAGAUUUCGUAUCAGUUGUUUUGGAAAAUAGGAGGUUGACGUCUCAUGAUCAUUUUCAAGUAAUAUACUUUUUCAAACUACUCAAAUUGUGUUUCAUAUCAUAUCUGUAUAUUUAUAAGUGUUCAGGUUUUUCAGUUGAAACU